GUAUCAUCAAAAUGGCAACACCCCAUCUUCGCAUUCAAGUCCCAUCCAUAGACGACGAUCACAAGACCACCACAUCACCAUGGCUCGACAACCCGGACCACGGUCCAUAUCUACUAAAGCUAGCUUGGGACACUAUAAUUUCGGGCGAGAGUCCAACCAAGGCUUUGGACUAUGCAGUCCGAGCUGCCAAGCGUUCGAGAGAUUUCCGAGUCCCGGCGUCGAGCUGCCCAUGAGCUUGCACAUGGUCACUGCCAUUUACUGCCGGCUCGGGCAGUUAGACGAGGCCAUUCCCGUUCUCGAGCUGUCCAUCGAGGUUGUGGAACGUAGAAACGACCCGGACCAUGCUUUGGCAAAAUAUUCCGGGUACAUGCAGCUUGGGGAUACUUAUUCUAUGUUGGGGCAGUUGGAUCAGUCCAUUUCUUGUUAUGAAACUGGCUUGAUGAUCCAGACUCAUGGGUUACCUGACUCUGACCCUAAAGUUGGUGAGACUUGCAGGUCCACCUUGCUUACUUGCUUACUAAUGGAAACAUGAUCCCAUGUCAUUAGAGAGGAGGAGGCGGUUAGACUGUUUCAAAAGGCCAGGGUGGUGCUGGUGGAGCACUAUGGUGUCUAUCAUUCUGAUACUCCUGCUGUUUCUAGCAAUCUUGCUGGUGCUUAUGAUGCCAUGGGGAGGGUGGAAGAAGGCAUUGAGAUAUUAGAAGACAUCCUUAAAGUGAGGGAAGAGAUGCUUGGAACUGCAAAUCCAGAGGUAGAUGAGGAAAAAAGAAGGCUGCAGGAACAGUUAAAAGAGGCUGGAAGGGCUUUACAGAAUGUGCUUGCCUCCCAAUCCUUGAGGAUGAAGAAACAGGUAGCAUCAAAGAUAUGGUCUGGUGGGUUCAGUUUUAGAGCCUGACAAGCUCUAUGAGCGUAGUUUAGUGAUAAUUGAAUUAUGGUCGAACAUUUAACUUUUCAAACUGCACAUUUGUUGUACUAAAAGAUAUUGAU